GAGUGUCGGGUUUCAACCUUGCAAGUGGCGGCGGCGUCAAGCGCUUUUAUUUAUGAUUAUCUGUAAUUUAAACAUCUGCUGGACUUCUCUUUUGGUCCUGACACUUGUAAUAUUGUUUGCAAUGUCUUCGGACGCCGGUGAAAAAUAUGUCUCUGUAGAUUUUGAGGUAUUCGGGAAUGUUCAGGGUGUUUGCUUCAGAAUGUAUACAGAGGAAGAAGGGAAGAAACUGGGCGUGACAGGCUGGGUAAAGAACACUAGACAGGGCACUGUGAUCGGACAGGUGCAGGGACCUCCCGAAAAAGUGAAAGAAAUGAAGUACUGGCUCAGUAAGGUGGGCAGUCCCAGCUCUCGAAUCCACCGCGCUCAGUUCAACAACGAGAGAGACAUCUCUAAACUGGAGAUUCGUGGAUUUGGCACUCGCUACUGAAACGGCACCGGCAGACAACAAACUCUGAUAGUUGGUAGAUGAAGAAGAACAAAACCGUAACCCCAUCAUUGUAAUCUGCUGUUAAUAUUUAUUAGCAUAUAUAGGGUUGUAAAUAUGAAUAAAUUGUUGGAUCUUAUGUAACUUCCUCAAAGCAAAACACAAACUUGAGAAUUGCCAAUCUGAUUUAUGUGAUCCAUCUAUUCAAACUCAACAUUCUACAAAAAUAAAAACAAUAUGAACAAUUGAAAUGGGUUAUCUUAUAAAAUAUUAUAUAUUUUAAGAUUUUUUUAAUGCUUUUGAAAGAAUUCAGCUCUCUUCUGCUCACCAAGGCUGCAUUUAUUUGAUCAAAAAUACAGUAAAAAUUGUAAAAUAUUAUUAUAAUUUAAAAUAACUGUUUUUUAUGUGAAUAUAUAGUAAACUGUAAUUUAUUCCUGUGAUCAAAGCUGAAUUUUCAGCAUCAUUACUCCAGUCUUCAGUGUCACAUGAUCCUUCAGAAAUCAUUCUAAUAUGCUACCAUUCAAAAUUUUGAUAAAAAACAGAAAAAAAUAAUACUUUUAUUAACCAAGGAUGCAUUCAGUUGAUCAAAAGUGACAGUAAAGACAUUUAUAAUGUUACAAAAUAUUAUUUUUCAAAUAAAUGCUGUUCUUUUGAACUUCCUAUUUAUCAAAGAAUCCUGAAAAAUAAAAUGUUUCACAGUUUCACACAAAAAUAUGAAUCUGUUUUUAACAUUGAUAAUAAUCAUAAAUGUUUCUUGAGCAGCAAAUCAUCAUAUUAGAAUGAUUUCUGAAGGAUCAUGUGACACUGAAGACUGAAAAUUCAGCUUUGAUCACUGGAAUAAAUUACACUUUACUAUAUAUUCACAUAGAAAACAGUUAUUUUAAAUUGUAAAAAUAUCUCACUAUUUUUACUGUGUUUUUGAUCAAAUAAAUGCAGUCUUGCUGAACAGAAGAGACUUCUUUCAAAUUAUUCCAUAGAAUUAUAUAUAUAUGUCCACAUUAAAAACAGCUAUUUUGAUGUAAAGUUUUAUCAGACUAAUAAACCUCUAUCAAUACACCAAAA